CAUCCCCUUUAAGGCAGGGUUUUGUGUCGGAGACCCAGAAAGGCCGGCAGUGGGGCCAUGGGGCGCCGGUGGAGCCUGGGUCUGGGGUGGCUGCUCCUGUUGGCGGUGGCUGCCUACUUCCCGGAGGAGCGCUGGAUGCCGGAGUCCCCCGCCAGGCCUCCCCGGGUGCUGCUGGCGCUGCUGGCCCGCAAUGCGGCUCACUCCCUGCCGGCGGCGCUGGGCUGCCUGGAGAGGCUGAGGCACCCCAAGGACCGCAUCGCCCUCUGGGUGGCAACUGAUCACAACGUGGACAACACGACAGCUGUGCUUCGGGAAUGGCUAACAAAUGUUCAGAGCAUGUAUCACUCUGUGGAGUGGAGGCCCAUGGACAAACCCUGGUCUUAUCCAGAUGAGGAAGGCCCCAAGCACUGGUCCAAUUCCCGUUACGAGCAUGUCAUGAAGCUUCGUCAGGCGGCUUUGCAGUCGGCACGGGACAUCUGGGCUGACUACAUCCUGUUUGUGGAUUCAGAUAAUCUUCUGACAAACCCUGACACCUUGGGCCUUUUGAUAGCUGAGAACAAGACUGUGGUGGCCCCCAUGCUGGACUCACGGGCAGCCUAUUCAAACUUUUGGUGCGGGAUGACCUCACAGGGCUAUUACAAGCGCACGCCUGCUUACAUCCCUAUCAGGAAACGUGACCGCAAGGGUUGCUUCACUGUUCCCAUGGUGCACUCCACUUUCCUCAUCAACCUGCAGAAAGAGGCCAGCCAGAACCUGGUUUUCUACCCACCCCACCCAGAUUACACUUGGGCAUUUGAUGACAUCAUUGUCUUUGCCUUUGCCUGCAGGCAGGCUGAAGUCCAGAUGUAUGUGUGCAACAAAGAGGUGUAUGGCUUCCUACCUGUGCCUCUGCGGUCCCACAGCACCCUGCGUGACGAAGUGGAGAGCUUCAUGCACGUGCAGCUGGAGGUCAUGGUUAAGAACCCUCCAGUGGAACCUUCCCGAUAUCUGUCUGUCCCUCCCAAAGUCCCAGAUAAGAUGGGUUUUGAUGAGGUCUUCAUGAUUAAUCUGAAGCGACGGACAGACCGCCGAGAGCGAAUGCUACAGACCUUGUAUGAACAGGAAAUUGACUGCAAAAUCAUUGAGGCUGUGGAUGGGAAAGCAAUGAACAGCAGCCAGGUAGAAGCCAUGGGCAUCAAGAUGUUGCCAGGUUACAAGGAUCCAUAUCAUGGGCGUCCACUCACCAAGGGGGAAUUGGGUUGUUUCCUCAGCCAUUAUAAAGUUUGGCAAGAGAUUCUUGAAAGAAGCUUGGAAAAGUCAGUGGUGUUUGAGGAUGACCUCCGUUUUGAAAUCUUCUUCAAACGCCGCAUUAUGAACCUCAUCUAUGAGUUGGAAGAGGAAGGCCUGGACUGGGAUUUGAUCUACAUUGGCCGGAAACGCAUGCAAGUAGAACAUCCAGAGAAAGCUGUGCCCCACGUCCGCAACCUGGUAGAAGCCGACUACUCCUACUGGACGCUGGCUUAUAUCAUUUCCCUCCAGGGUGCCAAGAAGCUACUGGAGGCUAAGCCCCUUUCCAAGAUGUUGCCUGUGGAUGAGUUUCUCCCUGUCAUGUUUGACAAGCACCCUGUUUCCGAGUACAUGGAGCACUUUGAGAACCGGAACCUGCUGGCCUUCUCUGUUGAACCCUUGCUGGUCUACCCAACGCACUACACGGGUGAUGAUGGCUACAUUAGUGACACAGAGACCUCUGUGGUGUGGGAUAAUGAGAACGUCAAAACUGAUUGGGACCGGGCUAAGUCCCAGAAGAUGAAGGAACAGCAGGAGCUGAGUAGUGAAGCCAGGAACACUGAUGUGCUCCAGUCCCCUCUUGACAGCACAGCCCGCGAUGAACUAUGACCCUGUUGAGAGCAUAGACAGAGCUGGGGUGUGUGGGGUGGGGAAAGGGAGAGGCUGUUGGGGAGAGAGCAACGGAUGUGAGCAUGGUGUGAAGAAAGAGCUUUUCCCCUCACGAAUUGAGGGUGGAGAUUUCAGCUGUGGGAUUUGCUUCUUCUGUCAUACCUUGUGGCAAGGCCUAAGGGUAAACUUCACUCCUGGUGGCAUGGGGAGCUCAAUAUGGAAAUGGUUGAGUUUGCUCAUCCUGCCAUCAUCACCUCUUCCUUUAAGAAAACGGUGCAAAUGAGGCCUUAGCUUAUGUAUUUAUGUAAGAGAAGUUUUAUUCUCUGAAUAAUCGGUACCUUAUAGGAAACCCUCUAUCUGCUGUGAGGAGGUGAUGGUGUUGGGUUGUCCUUAAGAAGAGGGUCUGAGACCCAGCCCAGACUAACAGCCCCUGGUGUCAUAAUGCUCUGUGACAGGGGGGGAAAAAUCUUGGUGUACAGUUGAGACACUAGUUUGGUUAUUUUUAUAUAAAUUUUUUUACAAGUGACAACUUUGUGCUUUCUAUCU